AUGCGCAACACUGCUUUUGGAGUUAUAUCGAGCCGUAUACGAGCCGAAAAGGCUCUCAAAUAUCUCGGAACGGCUCAGAUUGAACUUGAUGUUCUGGCUUUUCCAAAUUCUGACGGGCCUGAUGUCAAUAACAUUGAGAGGCUAAGGAAGCUUUUCAGAUUACAGCGUGAUUUCAAACCUGGCGAGCUACAAAACAGGAUACCUGCAGUAAUUGAUCAAAGUCGGCUUCAUGACGCCCUUACGGACUCUGCGUUAUCGCCGGAAGCAUUGCUGUCAAUUGACCAAAACUAUCCAAAACUUGAUUUCCCUCCCGGGUUUCAACUGGAAUGUCUCCGAGGCGAAGAUCGAGUAGAGGCAGUCAAAGGUCUCUUCAGGUCGUCCAGUCAACGCUGGGUCGUGGAUCUUUUUGCUGCGGACAUAAGUAUCGAGGCAAAACGAGACAUAGAAGAAGAAUAUGGAAGCGAAAGAAAAUUGGAUGAUGGAGAGAUCUACUACAAGAUACGCAAGUACCAAGGAAUAUUUGGGCAGGAAGACCCCUACUUUGAGCAACGAUGGUGGGCGCGGAUUGCCACGUUGCCGGAUGCAAAGACGAAAAAAAGUUGUCUUGAUCAACUUAUCGCACAUCGCAAAUUCUCACGGGCAUUUGACGCUUUCCAUCACAUCCCAGCUCUGUACUCUGGGCUGAGACUGAGUGUGGUGGGCAAAAUGAUAUCUACAAGAUGCCAUGAAGAACUGCUCGCCUACUUGAGACAUAUUAAAGCCUUUUGGUAUUAUAUUUUUGACGGAAAUGAAAUGGCAAUGGAAAGGCUCGACAGAGAAUCAGUUCAGGCCUUGGAACAUAAAGCACCAGGGGCUUGUCAGAAAGAAGCCCGGCAGUUGUAUGGCCGGAUUCGUAGUGGUGAUAUCCUCGGCCCGUUUAGUGACGUGGAGAGGGAGCAAAUCUGGUUGAGACUUUGUUCCACUACCACCGAGAGCCUGAUCCCGUCACUACGAGGAUUCUUUGAGAACCUCAAAUACAUCAAACUGGCGGCAGACUGCAUGAAGAGGCUGGUGAGGCUGGAAGGCAAAGACACCAUCCGACAUGCUCUGGAAAAUGCGUAUCUUGAUGGGGAUCAAAGUAGUGAGGACUGUUUGGUGCAAGUUUCCGGACCAGCCAUGAAACUGGUUCGAGCCAGUGGAAUAGAUAACUUCGAUGUGGUGUACCGACAACUUUGGCUCUUUGCGAUACGUGAACAUGCCGACAUGCCUGCCGAAGUGAAGAGAAAAAAAUCAGGCGCGGGUACUGCGCACGCCGACGAGACUGUGUUGUUUCAAUUCGCUUCUCUGGCGCAUAAGCUUGGAUUCAGGACCGACGAAAUCGAUGAUAUACUGCGACGUAGCCCAGAUCGGGAGAUCGCUCGUCGGCUGCUUAUCACAGCACGCAGACCGGCACUGUUCCAAUAUGAGGACAUUGAAUCGUGCAUUACGAUGGUUGAGAGUGUAAUAGCAAGGGCUCGACCAGUACCAAAUGACAAUGCGGAGGAUGAGUAUGUAAUUGAGGACGACGGCAAACCUCCUGAGCGAAGUGGACCGCCAGCCGUGACGGACAUGGCUCGAGACAAGCGUUUCAUGUACUUAGACGUACUACAUGGCGCAUUGCCAAGACAAGAACCGAAUUUAACGUCAUUAUUCAUUCAGAGAUCCACGUAUUUUGCAUUUUUUGGAAGAGAUAUUGGGCUAUGCAUUGAAAAUAUCAACGCAGCACAAAGCGUGCAGGGAGCAGUUGAUGUAAAUUUACAGUUGGAAAGAUACCCAAACUACCAUUCAAUUCAGAGCCGGGCGGAGUCAGAAGUACGUGUGGCAGAGGAAGGGCAGCAAAGGCGAUUAGAUGAUAUUACACGCAAGGUUGCAGACGCAGAGUCCCAUCUAGAGCAUCUCGAACGGAAGCAGAAUGAACACCAGGGCACUAUCGAGCAGCUUCAGAGCACCAUAACAGCCAAACAAAACAGUCUUGAGGCCCUCAGGCGCGAGGAGGCCGAACUACAAGGAGAGGCUCCAUGGGACAGACAGUCUCAGAUCAGCGAACUCGACAGGAGGCGAACGGAUUUGGGCGAGGAGAUACGGCUUGAUCUUCUUUCAGCCGACCGUCAAAACCAGAGCGCUCAGGAAGAGGAUCAAAGAAUUCGAUUACUGCAGCUUACCGAUCAAGCGAUUGAGAAACAGAAUAGUGUCAAUCAACUUGCGGCUCUUCAUCGGCAGAAACAACAGGAAACACAACGACUAGAGGAGGAACGACAAAGGCUACAAUCCGUGGUGGACGAUCUCACCUUGAAGAAGAGCCUGCUGAGUGAGGAAGAGCAAGCCAGAGCGGCAUCGUUCGCAGAGACGGAGACGGAGCGAAAGUCUGUGGUCGAUAAAUUGAGUGCAAAGGAGCUUGAACUCAGACAAAAUAUCGACUAUCUGGAGACAUGCCUACAGCAACUCAAAAGGAAGAUCAACGAUGCCACAGAGGAUGAGAAGGAGUUGCGGUUGAAGGUUGAGCGCCUCAGAGCGGCAGAAAACACCGCGGCGGGUAGCGAUGGAGAGCAAGAGAUAGGUAGAGUGGCUUUAGGUACAUUAGUACGGCAGACGCUGAACGUGGAUGAUACGCCUGACGAGUCUCCUGUGGGACCUUCUGAUGUAGGAGGGCAGGUGUUUCUACAGGCAAGGCCCGUACCACUAGACGCGCCACUAGAAGAAGUGGUCAUUCAAUUCAAGCUAUUUGAGGAUGGAGAUUGGAGGGUAAAACAUGAAGUGACUGUAGACCCACGAGAACCUUCCGAGGUCAGGAGAGUUGCUAACAAGUAUAUUCGGAAGAGGUUUGGGUUGUUCAAUAGCAACAGUAAAGCACUCACUCCAGAGACAUGUUUUGAACGAGUGACAUCUAAUGGCACAAACACGAUUCAUUUGAUUCCGGAAUGGACAGUUGAUAGAAAAGGACCUGGAGAAGCUGAGCCUCGCAAGCGCAAUAGAUAA